UUACUGGUUAAGUUUUAAUUGCUUCCAAUGAGGUCAGCAAAGGUAUUUAUCGAAAAGCCCUGAAUAAAAGGCUCCACACACAUACACAUGAGCACACACGCACUCACACACACGGAGAAAAUCCUCCUGCCUGUUGAUUUAUGGAAACAAUUAUGAUUCUGCUGGAGAAUUUCUCAGCUGAGAAGUAGUUUGUAGCUACAGUAGAAAGGCUCAAGUUGCACAAGGCAGACAACAGACAUGGAAUUCUUGUGUAUCCAGCUGUUAUCAACAGAACAAAAGUCAAGUAGCAAACAGCGUCACAGCAACUGAGCUCACCACAGCCUGCUUUUACAAGGAUAUCUCAGCAGAGUAAAGGAGGGACCCUGUGUUGUUAUCAGGAACUGAAAGGAUAAGGCUAACAAUUCGGAAAGAGCAACUACUCUUCCUUCAAUCAACCUACACUUCACAGAUAGGAAGAGGUCAAUGACCUAGGAGCAACAAUCACUGAAGCUUUAAUUUUCAGUAUGUUAUUCAUGCACACUCGGAGCACUACACUAUAAUGCGCAAAUGGAUACUGACAUGGAUCCUGCCAACUUUGCUCUACAGCUCAUGCUUUCACAUUAUCUGUCUAGUGGGCACUAUAUCUUUAGCUUGCAAUGACAUGACUUCAGAGCAAAUGGCUACAAAUGUGAACUGUUCCAGCCCUGAGCGACACACAAGAAGUUAUGAUUACAUGGAAGGAGGGGAUAUAAGAGUGAGAAGGCUCUUCUGUCGAACACAGUGGUAUCUGAGAAUUGAUAAACGAGGCAAAGUCAAAGGGACCCAAGAGAUGAAGAACAAUUACAAUAUCAUGGAAAUCAGGACAGUGGAGGUUGGAAUUGUGGCAAUCAAAGGGGUGGAGAGUGAAUAUUUUCUUGCAAUGAACAAGGAAGGGAAACUCUAUGCAAAGAAAGAAUGCAAUGAAGAUUGCAACUUCAAAGAAUUAAUUCUGGAAAACCAUUACAACACAUAUGCAUCAGCUAAAUGGACACACAGUGGAGGAGAAAUGUUUGUUGCCUUAAAUCAAAAGGGGGUUCCUGUAAGAGGGAGAAAAACGAAGAAAGAACAAAAAACAGCUCACUUUCUUCCUAUGGCAAUAACCUAAUCAUAUGUGGUAUAUAAGAAACCAGUUCCAGCAGGGAGAUUUCUUUAAGUGGACUGUUUUCUCUUUUCUUCUUUUCUUUCCUUUCCUUUCCUUUCUUUCUUUCUUUUUUUUUUUUUAAGUAACCAAGAAAGGCUGGAAAACUACUGAAAAACUGAUCAAGCUGGACUUGCGAUUUAUGUUUAUUUUAAGAGACUGCAUUAAAGAAAGAUUUGAAAAAUAAACACAAAAAUCAGAUUUAGUAACUAAAAGUUGUAAAAAAUUGUAAAACUGGUUGUACAAUCAUGAUGUUAGUAAUAGUACUGUUUUUUCCUAAGUUAAUUUACCCUUAAGAGUAUGUUAGAUUUGAUUAUCUGAUAAUGAUUAUUUAAAUAUUCCUAUCUGCUUAUUAAAUGGCUGCUAUAAUAAUAAUAAUGCAGAUGAUGUUAUAUAAGAUGUGUCAGACCUGAAGGCUGCUGGAAUGACUUGUCAGAUAAUCAAGCCAACGCUAACUAUGGAAGAUGAGCAGUAUUUGAAAUGCUUUCUGGUAAAAACUCAUAGUUCAUUCAAACACUGAUCAGAAAAGAAGAAAUAUUCUCUCAAAAGUUCUAUUAUGAAAUUAAAUCAAAUAGGUAGUUUUAUAAAAGUAUAUGACUAGAACAUUUUUUGUGCUUAUUAACAGAAACAAAAUUCAUAGUGCUGCUCAAAUUGAAAGGAUAUUGCUACAAGGGUAUUUUCAAAAAUCUUGUGUAUAAAUAGCAAUAAUGAUGAUAAUACUGUAUUUCAUCUCACUUGCCACAAAAUAACAUUUCAUAAUCCCAAAAAGUUAAAAUUCAAGUAAUAUAAUCUACCUUUUGUAUAAUUCAUAUUCAGGAAUAUGGCUUUUAAUAAUGUUUUUUCCCACAAAUAAUCAUGCUUUUUCGGUGGUUAUAGCAUUAAACUCUAUUUUAAGUUGUAUAUGAACUUUAUUGUUUUGUUAAGUUUAUGUUAUUUAUAAAAAACAACCUUAAUAAGCUGUCUCUGUUUCAUAUGCUUUUAAUUCUAAAGCAAUAACAAAACAGGGUGGCUCAACUGCAAGUUCCCUCCUCCUCGUGACCAGCACUAAGUCCAGUACACAGCACUUGAGCCAGCAAAUCCUGGAUGACAGACAAAAACGACAGCCUGCAGCAAUUCUUACAAUAGAUGUCUCCCAGGGAACAAUGCAAAAAUGUGAAAUAUGUUCUGCCACAUACUCUUGUCAAUUAAAAUUGAAUCAUGUAAGUUAAAAGAACUUACAGAAUUUAAAGUUAGACUACAUUUAUCAGUUGUACCAUAUUUUCAAAACAUACAUAUUUAAAGUUAGUAUAAUUUUUCUAAUCUCUAGAAAUCUUGACAUUCAGAGUAAGGCAGCAUCAAAAGUUGUUCUCCUGUUAGAUGGCAAGAGCACAAAGCCCAAAACAGGGUCUUAAAGCCCUCAGUGUCAAAAAGGCUAUAGAUAAUGUGCUUAUCAGAAAAGUAAAUGUACACAUAACUCUUCCACUGGCAGAUUUUGGUAGUACUUUAUAUAUUCAUUAAUAGGAGGUCAACAUUUAUCCAAAUUAUACUAUUGAUAUGCUCACCAUGAUGGUUUUAAAUUAAAAUUACUUGUCAUUCAAUAUCCUUUGUUAUUAUUUGGUAAUGCAUUUAUUGGAGAGAAUUACAUGAAAUGGCUAAAUGAAUAGAAAUAACAGAUUCAAUUGAAUUUUUUGUGACUCACCUACAUGACAGGCUGCAAGAAGCUAGAAAGAACUGCUCCUUCUCAGACAUACUCUGGGGAGGUGCCAUGAUAUUUUUCACUGUUAUCUGACUCAAGGGUCUUACUAGACUAGCUUCCUGGAUCAAGCUUCUGUGAAUGUAAUCUUGUGAAUGUGUGAGGGCAGAAGAGGACCUAUGUUUUUCAUAUUUAUAUCCUUAGUACCUAGUAGAAUGUCUUUCCAUAAUCAAUUUUCAUACAGAUUGAUUCAAUAUUUGAAUAUAAAAGACAAUUCGUAAUUAGAUAAAUUUUACUUCAUUUUUUUAUUAUUUUUACUUUUUUUAAAUAUAUUUUAUUGAUUAUGCUGUUACAGUUUUUCCAUCUUUUCUCCCCUUUAUUCCUCCUCCCCCACCAUUUCCCCCUUAGUUCAUGUCCAUGGGUCAUACAUAUAAGUUCUUGGGCUUCUCCAUUUCCUACACUAUUCAUAACCUCCCCCUGUCUAUUUUGUACCUACCAUUUAUGCUUCUUAUUCCCUGUACCUUUUCCCCCAUUCCUUCCACUCCCCUUCCAUGCUAAUAACCUUCCAUGUGAUCUCCAUUUCUGUGAUCCUGUUCCUGUUCUAGUUGUCUGCUUUAUUUUUAUUUUUGUCUUUUUUAGGUUCAGUUGUUGAUAGUUGUGAGUUUAUUAUCAUUUUACUGUUCAUAUUUUUGAUCAUCUUCUUUUUCUUAGAUAAGUCCCUGUAACAUUUCAUAUAGUAAGGGUUUGGUGCUGAUUAACUCGGGUAACUUGAUCUUAUCUGGGAAGCACUUUAUCUGCCCUUUCAUUUCAAAUGAUAGCUUUGAUGGGUAGAGUAAUCUUGGAUAUAGGUCCUUGCCUUUCAUGACUUGGAAUACUCCUUUCCAGCCCCUUCUUACCUGUAUGGUUUCUUUUGAGAAAUCAGCAGAUGGUCUUAUGGGAACUCCUUUGUAGGUAACUGUCUCCCUUUCUCUUGCUGCUUUUAAGAUUCUGUCCUUACCUUUAAUCUUGGGUAAUGUAAUUAUGAUGUGCCUUGGUGUGUGGUUCCUUGGGUCCAACUUCUUUGGGACUCUAUGGGUUUCCUGGACUUCCUAAAAGUCUAUUUUCUUUCUCAGAUUGGGGAACUUCUCCUUCAUUCUUUUUUCCAAUAGGUUUUCCAUUUCUUGCUCUUCCUCUUCUCCUUCUGGCACCCCUAUGAUUUGGAUGUUGGAAUGUUUAAAGUUGUCUCGGAGGUUCCUAAGCCUCUCCUCAUUUUUUUGCAUUCUUAUUUCUUCAUUCUGUUCUGGUUGAGUGUUUAUUUCUUCCUCCUGCUCCAAAUCAUUGAUUUGAGUCCAGUUUUUCUUCCCUUCACUGUUGGUUUCCUAUAUAUUUUUCUUUAUUUCACUUUUUGCAUAGCCUUCACUUUUUCCUCUAAUUUGCAGGACAACCCACAUCACUGUGUUGUGGUGCUGUAGGUGGGGGAGGGGUCUGAGAGAGAACAGUGGUGCUUGCUCAGCUCUCUUCCAGCUUUCAGUCACUUCCCCCACUACCCACAAGCAAAUUGGGCCCUUCUGGUGCUGAUUCCCAGGUGGGUGUGUUUGAGUACAUUUUAGAAACCUGUGGGUCUCUCUAACAAACUCUCCUGUGAGGCUAGGAGUUUAUCCCACUGCUGCUACCCCCAAAGAUUUUUAUAGUCAGAGGCUCUGAGGCAUUAUAUUCCCAUGCUGAAACCCUGGGUUGCACAGUCUGUCUCGCUCCCCCGUUGUUCCUUCUGGUUUAUCUGCAUGCAAAUAUGGGACUGCCUGAUCCACCAGCUUCCCUCUUGCCCACCUGGUCCUCUAGCUGCUGCCUUGACAUGCAUCUUCUCUGCCCCUCCUACUGGUCUGAAUAAAUGUUUUUUCCUUAACUCCUUGGUUGUUGGACUUCCAUACAGUUUGAUUUUCUGGCAGUUCAGUUUUGGGGUUUUUUUUUAAUUUGUUGUUGUCCUUCUUUUGGUUGUUCAAGGAGGCAAAAGUUAGGGUGAAACAUGAUUAUAUGAAAUUUAAGCAGAAAUAGUAUAUACGCAUACCAGAUACAAGUUUGUUAGGACCUAAUAUUCUUUGACUAUGAAGGUAUGAUCAAAUUAUACAGCAAUGCUGAAUUAAACCAAUAUUUAGCAGUAAUUCCAAUCUGGUAGUAUUUCUAGAAACACUUUGAAUUAUAUGCCCCCAAUUUUUACAUUUAUCAUGCAAAUUUCAGAAAAUCUGCACCAGUUACAUAUGCUUAGAAUUCUAGAAUCUCAGUCAGAACUGCAAGGGGCGUAAGUACCUCUCACCCAUAUGCAGGCCAGGAAAUGAAGACUGUGACACACCCAAAGUCAUAUAGCUGCUUAGGUAGAGAUUUGUCACAAGAAUCUAGGGCGCUUAGCAUGUGCUUCCUACUCUUAGACUGCUGGGAUUACUAUCCAGUGAUCUCUUUUGAAGAAAUCCUUUGAGAUAUGAUCUUUACAUUUUGCAUGCAAACAUGAGAUGUUUUGGCAAUUCACUUCAUACACAAUUGAUUAGUCUAUACUGUGAUGAUCUUUCCCAAAAGGAUUAAAAAAUAAUGCAACUUAUAACCCUAAUUCCUAUUCAACACUUACAUGUACCUCUUUAUUUGCAAAUGGAGAGCAUUGUGCACAAUAUCCAUAUAAACAGAUUAACCUUUUCUUAAAAUGGUCUUUCAAAGAGAAUAUUGUUAAAUACAUAGGUUUCCAAUAAUUAGGAAAAAAUUAAGACUAUAAAUAUUAGUAAUAGUAGUAAUAAAGAUUCUUUUUUUUAAUCCUCACCUGAGGAAAUGCUUAUUAAUUUUAGAGAGAGGGGAAAGAAGGGUGAGACAGGGAGAGAAACACCACUGCGAAAGAGAAACAUCAAUAGGCUACCUCUCCCAUGCACCCUGACUGGGAACCAAAUCGGCAAGGCAGGCAUGUCUGCAAGGUAUGCAAAGCACUGACUGGGACUGGAACCCACGAUCUUUUCAGUUUGUGGGACAAUGCUCCAACCAACUGAGCCACACUGGCCAGGGCAAGAAGUUAUAUUCAAAUGCAAUUUGUGAACUAAAAUAUUUUCACAUAAAAAAGCUGAAAUAUAAAUUGUCAACCUUUGAGUUGGCUAUAAAUUCAACUUGAUAGAAGAGCAGACAUGCUACAGAUAAAUUCUUACUUUCCUGCCCUGGAGCUGCACUUUUGGUUCUCCAGAGUGACAAAGAACACAAAGAUGGACAAUGGGAACAACUGUAGUAAAAGCAACUCCAUAAUGACAAAUAUCCUAAAUCAGUGCCUCUCACAAUUUUCUACUGAAAUGCCAGUAACAGAGGUAGAGACGAGAGUCUAAGGUAACCCAUCAAAGACAUAUUUUUUAAAGAAAUAUCCUCUCUCUUAAGACACAUGUAAUUUUUAUAUUUUAUUUCAUAAUACAUUUGUGUUUGUUUUACUAUGAUAGUGACAACAGUGAGUAAAAGUUAUGCAUCAGAAAGAUGUACAAGGUUUAUCAUGCAGCUUCAUUUAUACCACUACCCUAGUGCCAUAUACUUGGGCAUGAAUAAGACACAAGAGAUUUGUACCCUCUCAUAGUCCAAUUUACACACAGAUCUCACAUUGCUAAAGAAAACCAAAAUGUUAUUUAAAGUUCACUAAGAAUAAGGGCAAUAUAAAAAAUAUGUAACUAUGUAGCAUGAGUGGAUAAUGGUCAAUCAGAAUAUGAGGUCUGUCCAGAAGGUAUCCAGCCAUGAGCUAUGAAAAAUAGAGACAUUUAUUGAAAAGUUGCAAGAUAAAAGAAACUUUGUGUACACAGGACAGUGAUGCCUCAGUCCCCUUCAAAGUAGUCACCUUGGGACCUCACACAGUUCUCCCAUUCAUCAGCUGCCCCAUUGUAUUUUCCUGAAUCUCACUGAUGGUCUGAAAUCUCUUCCUUUUCAAAGGUAAUUUUAGUUUGGGGAAAAGCCAGAAGUCUCAGGGUGCCAAAUCUGGACUGUAGGGGAACUGAGUCACCUGGGUGAUUUAAUGUUCCACUAAAAACUCUAUUCGAGACGUGAUGCAUGAGCAGGCAUGUUGUUGUGAUGAAGCUGCCAGUCACUGGUUGCUCAUAGCUGUGGCCUUCUGAAUCAUCCUAAUAGUUUCCACAGAUGCAUGUUCAAGCUUCACACAAAAUUUGAUGCUAAUUCAUUGCUCUAUUUGCUCAGUCAUUUUGGAUGCUAUGGCCACCCAGUGUGCAUGCUCACUCACUUGCAUCUACCACCCCUGCUGAAUAGUAUAGUGAGUCGUCAGUGUUCACACAAGCGCAUUCCAGUCCAGUCUCCUUGGCUCCAGGUUAUGUGGAUGUUGUGCAAACAGUUCUUGUUAUAUUAACAAUGGCUGGACUUUUUCUGGACAGACCUUGUACACCACUGAUUUAUCAGAAUAGAUGAAAGUCAUUGUGACUAACUUGUGGGUACCAGAUGGUCAUCAGCCUUACCCAUUUCCAUGAUCACUCCAAAACAGAGUUUUCAGAGAAUAUUUAAUUGGCCUCUUUGGUUAGUGUAUCUUAACAUGAUAUAGUUCAUUAAAACUCAAUGUCUGUUUCAGCAUUGUUGUCAGGCUACUCUAUUUUACUUCUAUAUUUAUUCAACUAAACAGCUGUUUUCAAUGAAGGUGAUGUUUCUUGAGGUUCACAUAUGGUCCCAUUUAUCCUCUUACUUUGAAUGGUUUGUCAAGAAAAUUUAUUACUUUUGAGUUGAGGAGAUUUGACAGGAAGCUAGAAAUAAUAAAGUCCUAGUUUCUUCCCAAUAAUACCUGUAUUUAUUCUCACCUGAGAAGAUGGCUUUUAUUUUUUUUACUUUCUGAUUAUUGCUUGAUUUCAGUUUCUAAAUCCUCAUUAUUAAAUUUAUGAAGAGCUAUGCACAUUUAUAUUCUAAUAAUUAAAUGUGAGCUAUAUAAUAAUGUUUAGCUUGAAGAUGGCAGACCUGUCUCUUGAUUAAUCCAGCAACUCUUAGUUAUCUAUUGUUAUAUAACACAUUUUUGAAGUUAGUGGCUUAAACAGCAAGUAUUUAUUAUCCUAUAGUUUACUGCUCAGGAACCUGGGCAUGUUUUCACUAGGUGUCAUUACUUACAAUCUUUUACAAGGCUGCAAUCAAGGUGUUGGCCAGGCCUGCAGACAUCUAUUAUUAUCUCAAUGCUCUCAACUCAUAAAGGGAUCCCCCUUAGAUCCUCACUGGCUGCUGGCUUGAAACAUCACUUCCUCAGCACAUGGGCCUCUCAAUAGCAUAACUUAAAACAUGGCAAUUUGUUUCCAAUAAAGCAAGUGAUCAGAGAAAAUGAGAGAGUAUGGCCAAAAGGGAAGCAACUGUGUUUAUAACCUAAUCUUGAAAGGAAUGUUCCAUCACUUCUGCUACACUGAAGUGUAGGGAAUCACAUACAGACACAAUUACUAGAAAGCAGGGAUCAUUGGAGGCCACUUUAAGUCAUAAACUGGAUGGUUUUAAGUCCACUGCCACACACAGGAUUCUUUAGUGCCUAAUAGGAGUAAUUCAUGGCUUUCUGUGGUGAGCCAUUCAGCAGAGAAAGAACUAGGUAUAUUCUAUGUGACAACAUUCUCCAUCCUUCCCUGAGGGAUACUGUAUGGUUUGUUCUCUGAGAAAAAAUUUGAACCACAGUUCUGGACUGCCUUUUAGCUUGAGUCGUGCCUCCUUAAAGUCCUAAUGGAGCUGUAAACCUUACCAUCUCACUUCGCCUCCACACGAAGGAAAUGACCUUGCCUUCAGAGCCAACCUAAAGAUAAUCCUCCCUUCCCCUGCCCUGUCUCAAGACAGAAAGAUCAUAGAUGCCAACUGAAAUUCCUCAAACCAGAGCGAGUUUGGAUGGUGGAGGCAAUCAAUCACAAGUUGCCCAAGACUAUCUGAGGAUAAAAAGACCCCUAAAGACUUGAAAAUAAUUGAUUUUAUUGCCAGAUGUAUACUGGAAUUACCUGGGAUUAAAAAAAAAAAUGAUUUCUAGGCUCCCCUGCACCCAGGUCAGCUGCAUCAGUGUAUCCUGGAUGCAGCCUAGACAAUGGUGUUUCUAAAACUUCCCAGGGAAUUCUCUAUGCAUUGGAGAGCCUUUGGCUACCCGGGACAGGGAGGGGGAAGUCUCUUUAGGAACUAUAUCUGGUUCUUUAUCCUUGUUUCUUCCUUAAACACCCUAAGACUUAUGCUGCUUCCUACCUAAUUCCAUACUUUCUUAUUCCAUAAGAUUCUAAAGUCCUUGGUGCUUUUUGGAUCCCUAGUUUUCUUAGAUGCCUUCAUAUUUUUGCUCUUCAUGAUUGAGGCUAAAAUUAAAUGCGAACACUAGACAGAGUGCAUUGGAACAACCAUGGAGUACAAAGCGUACAAAGUCGCCCCUCGCCUGCACACACCCCAGAGUUCUCAGACAGAGCAGCCAGUUUGAUUCUGUUAAGUUAUAUUUCAGAUAAUGCAAUUCUUGUGUUUAAAACUGCAAUUAUUUUCCAUUACUCAAAAGAAGCCAAAGUUCUUCGAGUGGCUUAUGCAGUGGUAAUGAAUAAAGAGAUUAAAAACUUAAAUGUUAAAUUAGGUAUGGGAAGACAACAGGAAAAUAAAAAUAAAAAUAUAGAGUUUAUACUUAGAGUGCUUGGUAGAUAUUGAAAUCUCACCCCAUUGAAGAUAUUAUUUAAUGGGCAAUAUAAUUAUUAGAAUCAUACUCAGAGGAAAGGCCAUAACCUUGAAUCAGAAAUUGUCAGUUGGAUGUAUGUAAUGUUUGAAAUAAAAAUUUUAAGGCAUGUAUAUAUCAAUUUAAUAAUUCCCCAGUUUAAUAA